AUGAGUGAAAAUAUAAGAAAAUUAAUUGAAGCAUUUGAGAGUGUUUUCAUGGAUAAUGAGCUGAGAUGUGACUUCAUCAUACCACACUUUGCCACCGAAUUGGGAAAAAGGAAUAUGGAAAAAAUUUUGAAAAAUAAAGAAACCAUUAAUGAGCAGUUUUAUUUAUGGAUGAAAAAGAAUGCGAAUGAACAGAUUUUUCAAAAACUCUUAGAUUUUCUACAACAUGAAAAGUUUGAUAAACCUUACAAAAUGUUAUGCAUGAAAGAAAUGGAAGAUAAAGAAAUUUUCAAAGAAAUUGCAAUUUUACACAUGAAAGUUUUGAAGAAAGUGAAAUAUCAGGACUUAUUGAAACGAUUAUAUGACAGAGAUGUUAUCAGACAAAAUGUUAAAACUUACCAAACGAUGCGAAAAAAAAAGAAAAUGGUUUUAAGCUGUAACAAAAAAUGUCAGAUGUUUGUUUAUCCAAAAGUCAAAGGGUUAGUGUCGCUACGAACGCAUACAGUUCGAGGUGAAACUAGAACCUUCUGGCGGCGAGAUAUCUGGGACGUUCGAGAAGCGUCGGUAGAACGGGUAUAUAGAGAUAUUGAUAUUGCGAGAUAA